UGAUUUAACAAUGGUGGAAAAUGGAAUGUAUUGAUCAAUGUUUGUUAAAUUGACAUUUGAAAACUGCAAGUUUGUGACGGGAAUUGUCAUUUAAAAUAUUCAACAUUGUCAAUAUUAUUGAUUACAGUUUAUUUUACAAUAAAAUUAAAUUGAAAUUAGGACAUUUGAAAUAAAUAUGUUUUACUGUUAAAAUAAUACUAUAAGAGAUUCACUCAAUUCAAUUAAACCGAUGUUGUUUUUAAGUUUUCUCUUGCGAGGUUAUAAUUUUUUAUUUUCUUUUAUUUUAAACAAAGUAUAAUUUAUAAAAGAAUGCGAACAUAUUCACGUAAACCUCCGGACCAUCAACUCAUUGACGGUGUGCUGGAGUUGUGUCGCCUGUGUCUUCGAGAACCCAUUAAUCCUAUGCCUAUAUUUGAUAAUGACGACAGAAAGUUUUGUGGAUCUUUGCCUAUGAGGAUAAUGAUAUGUCUUGGUUUGGAGUGCUGCAGGGACUUAGAUAAAUAUUAUGAUUUCAAAAAGAAAUGUAUGCUAUCCUAUAGAAAACUCAAAUCACACCUAAUAGCUGUUAAAGAACUAGAGGUUAAAAAAGCAGCCGAAUUAAAGUUAAAAUUGGAAAAUGAUUGUAAUUUCAAAUCUGAUUUACCAGAAAUUGAUGGGGAGGAGGGGGUGAACGAACUUAGUGAUGAGGACAAUGAGAUUAUAUUGUCGUUGACUGACGAAGAUGCCUUGGAAGUUAUUAACAUAUUCAAUGAAACUACGGCUUGUGGUGGAGACGUCCCUGAAGAUGAGCAGGUUCAGGAGCCAAGCGUCACAACUUCCUACAACAUAAAUGAUAGUCUAGACUUUCUAAAUUCAGUCAGCUCUGAAACCAUUCCGCCUAUCCCUGAUGACAUAACCAGUUUUCUCUCUACAAUCCUCGUUCAACUGGGAGUGCUUAUAAAAGAUAGCGUAAAUGAAAGGAUAGUUGUAAUUGACCAUACUUUUAAGAAUGUGAGAUUGGAAACUAGUGAUGGACCUGUUAUUUUGGAGCUUGUAGAAGAGGAUGAGGAACCAAAGCCUGAGCCUAAGAAAGAAGAGCCCAAGGAACCGGAGAGGGAGAUUGAUAAAAAUAGUUCAAUUGAUUUUGUUUACAAUGCCAACGAUGGAAUACUAAGCGGCAAGGCGAUGUGCGUGACGUGCGGCAAGCACUUCUCGACGCGCGCGGCGAUGGUGCGGCACGAGCGCACGCACUCGGGCGUGCGGCCCUACGCGUGCGACGUGUGCCAGCGCGCCUUCACGCAGCGCGAGGUGCUGCGCCGCCACCUGCUCACCCACCAGGGUGCGUGCGCGCGCGAGGAGAAGCUGGCCAAGCAGGCGCAGAGAGAGAAGUUACAACUGGAGAUCGCAGCUCGUGAAAGAGCCGAGAAGAAACAGCAGGAGUAUGAAGACCGCUUGCGGCAGAUGCAGGAGGAGAUGGAGCGCUCACAGGCGAACCUGAUCGAGGCGCAAGAGAUGAUCCGGCGGCUGGAGGAGCAGCUGAAGCAGCUGCAGGCCGCCAAGGAUGAGCUGGAGCAGCGCCAGAACGAGCUGCACAGCAUGAUGCAGCGCCUCGAGGAAACCAAGAACAUGGAAGCGGCCGAGCGGCAGAAGCUGGAGGACGAGAUCCGCGCGAAGCAGGAGGAGGUGUCGCGCAUCCAGCAGGAGGUCGAGCUGAAGGACUCCGAGACGCGCCGCCUGCAGGAGGAGGUGGAGGAGGCGCGCCGCAAGCAGGACGAGGCGGCGGCGCUGCUGCUGGCGGCCACGACGCCGCAGCACCACCACGUGUCGGAGGCGGGCGCGGGCGCCGGCGCGGGGGCGGGCGCGGGGGAGGAGGGCGAGGCGGGCGAGGGCGGCUCGGGCGACGGCUCCGACGGCGGCUCCGAGUCGGGCGGCGGCGAGCUCACGCGCGCGCCCGACGACCUGGUCGACCCGCUCGCCGACCGCCGCACGCUCGCCGAGCGCUCCGAGCGCCUGCACAACCAGCUCAAGGCGCUGAAGCAGGACCUGGCGCAGUCGCGCGACGAGACCAAGGAGACGGCGAUGGACAAGAUCCACCGCGAGAACGUGCGCCAGGGCCGCGACAAGUACAAGACGCUGCGCGAGAUCCGCAAGGGCAACACCAAGCGCCGCGUCGACCAGUUCGAGAACAUGUAACCGCCACGCAGCGCGACCGGCCCAACAAGUCACCGACGGCGUUCGUCAAUUAUAGUCUUUGGCUAAGAGUAUAGUUGUCCACUUGUAGUGCCAAACCGAUCCGAACCACGAACACACAGAUACACAGAAUACAUCGCUUCAUAUACACAUAACAUGGAUUACGAUGGCUUUCAAAGAUAUCCAUAAAAAAACUCUCACUGGCCUCCUGGUAUUUCGAAUGUUUGCGAAUAGUUCGAACAGUACGGCGCACACGCGGCGGCAGCAGUGUGUAAGCAGUACUGCGAUGGAACGUUUGCGAAAGCGCACAGAGCACGAGGCGUGCGCCAGUGAGGGUCGCCGUCCACGCUGGUGCUCCCUGAGCCGUCGCCUUAGGGCUUGUAAAUAUUGAUUAUUACUUAAUAGUAAUUUUAUUUUAGACUAUAAUGUGCUAUAAUAACCGAAUAUCUACCGACGACUAUAUCGUUAUGAAAUGUGAAAAUCGAGGCACACAGUUUUUGUUUUUAUUUUAUUGAUUAAUUGUUAAGCGAUCAGAUUUGAUCGGUUAUCGGGCGGCGUGCGCCCGCGCCGUCGGUCAGGUGUCACUUGUACGUGUGAAUAUGGGACCUCACGAGCUAGCUGCGGUAGCACUUGGCACUUUCAUAUCUAACUUAUACCUGCUGUGUUUAUAUUAAAGUUUGUAACGUGUCAGACACCGUUAUUUUUGUGGAUAUAUAAAAUUUGUACGUUAGUAUUGCUCAAAAGUGUUACGAGUGCCCGGAGAGGGGGGGGAGGCGAUGUCCCUUAUUUAUUUUUAUAAUCAUUUAUAUUUUAGAUAUAGGAGUUUAGCUUCAAGUGUAAUUAUCGUUCCGAGUUUCUGAUAUUAUAUACAAUAGUAUGUGUUGUAUAUUCGUUCAUUUUAUUGUUGGUAUGAAAUCGGCCCGUUUCCUUUAUUUCUUGAACAAAAUUGAAGAUAGCGAAACUAUAUUUAAUUGUAUGCUUAUAUGAUGUGUAUAAUGUUUUAAUUUAAGUGAGUAAAAGGCAUUCCAAUAAGAAACUAUGCGGUGGCGUUUUAUUGUGAAAAUAGUUGCAAUAUUUUGUUUGUUUAUAAGUGCCAUCCGGUGAUGUCAGUUCUCUGGAGGCAAAGUACGAAUUUUAAUAUUUUGAUUUAAAUUAACAAUAUACUUAAAUUUUAGAUAUACAUUGACCAUUCUAUAUUUAUAAUUAUAUACACGUUUGUAAUACUUUAUCUACUUACCAUUUGGAACAUUAUAUUAAAGAAAAUUAUUAACCGAUUCGUACUUUGCCCUCGUCUAUGUGAGUUAAAGAACUAAUCUUCAUACUAAAUUAUACAAAACCACGUUGCCUUUCAGUCUAGGACGAAAUUUUUUCCAAUAAAAUGUUUAAGUAUAACAAA